GAGGGGUGGAGCCACACACACCGAGAUCCAGAACAUCGCAGCACCGGAGAAAUUGAGCACCGCCGCGGUGUAUGAGGGUUUAUGCGGCUCAUACUCACAUUAUUAGCUGCUGGGUUAGACAAUUAGCCUGAUCGCUUUUAUCAUAUGUGCUGCAGCAUAUUCAAAGCGGAUCCCCUUCCAGCGCUUUCCGGAGCUCCAGUUUAACGGGAUUCAUAGAAUAUCACUGUACUGUAUUUCUGCAAUGAACACCAGCGCGUGACAGAAGAACAGAGGAAUAUUUUAAGGAAUAACUGGCAUGGAAUAACAGGAAUCAGACGCAUUUAUUCAGGUGUGUGCGUCAGCGUUCAGGAUGCCGCUGGUCAAGCGCAGUAUUGAGCCUCGUCAUCUGUGCCACACGGCUCUUCCUCACAGCAUUAAGAAUGAACUGGAGUGUGUGACCAACAUCUCUCUGGCCAACGUCAUCCGGCAGCUCAGCAGCCUCAGUAAAUAUGCGGAGGAUUUGUUCGGUGAGCUCUUUAAUGAAGCUCAUUCGUUCUCGUUUCGAGUGAAUUCACUGCAGGAGCGAGUCGACCGUCUGUCAGUCAGCGUCACUCAACUAGACCCCAAAGAGGAGGAGCUGUCUCUUCAGGACAUCACCAUGAGGAAGGCGUUCCGCAGCUCCACCAUCCAGGACCAGCAGUUGUUUGAGCGCCAGUCUCUCCCCGUCCCCAUGCAGGAGACGUAUGAGCUGUGUGAACAACCCCCACCGCUGAACAUCCUGACGCCCUACAGGGAUGAUGGGAAGGAAGGUCUGAAGUUCUACACAAACCCGUCGUAUUUCUUUGACCUGUGGAGAGAGAAGAUGCUGCAGGACACUGAAGACAAGAGGAAGGAGAGGCGGAAACAGAAGGCAAAUGUACAUUGAUCAUCUGGACGGGCCGUUCUCUCUGGCCGCGCUGCCGUACUCUCAGAUGAACGAACUGCUGAACCGCAGUGGAGAGAGAAACUACGGCCGACCGCACGAACCACCACCACCCCCACCCUCACACCAGCCUGACCUCAAACCAGCCUCCGUCAUCAGCUCCAGCUCAGGUUUCUCCGACAGCGUUAAUCAGUCUCCUGCUCGCACACCUGUCUUCCUCAACCCCAAUGCCCCGCCCCCAGCCCCGCCCCCCUUACCCCCUCCUCCCCCUCCCUUGCCAGCCAGCGUAUCAGGUUCAAGGAUGCGAGGUUCAGCCCCGCCUCCGAUUCCUCCCUUACCUUCCCAGCAGCCCCCGGCCAUCCCUCCUCCCCCCGCCCCGCUUCAGAUCGCCCCAGGCGUCCUACACCCUGCCCCCCCUCCAGUGGCUCCACCCCUUCACUCAUCUCCAGCCAAGGCUCUGCCCACAGAUGGAAUGGUUUUACCGCCUCCUCCUCCUCCUCCUCCUUUGCCCCUCCCAGGAAACAGAAGCUCCUCCCCUUGCACGUCCUCAGCCCCGCCCUCCAUGCCUUCCUUUCCAUCGGGAGCGGUUUCGUCUCCGCCCACUCACUCGGGUCACGAGGUCAAGCGGUAUCCAGCCAACUUGCCACCAAUCAGCGAUGCCCGCAGCGUCCUAUUGGAGGCCAUACGUAAAGGGAUUCAGCUUCGGAAGGUGGAGGAGCAGCGCGAGCAGGAGGCGAAACACGAGCGUGUGGGAAAUGACGUGGCCACGAUUCUGUCUCGACGCAUCGCAGUGGAGUACAGCGACUCUGAGGACGAGUCUGAGUUUGACGAGAUCGACUGGAUGGAGUGAACACACACACACACACACACACACACACACACACACACACAUAUACACACACACGCACACACACACACACAUACAAACAAACAUACACUAACACACAAAUACAUACACAACUCCCAUCAUGCUUUGCUCUCAUGUUUCUAAACACACCUUCUGCAUCUGAAGGUUUCUUUAAUCUGUUGGUGUGUGUUUAAUGGGGCGCUGGUUUCCUCCAGAUCAGAACGUGACGGACGUUUAUUAUUCUUUACAUAUCAUCAAACUGUUCUUCCAUGUCAGAGAUGUGGUGUGUGUGUGUGUGUGUGUGUGUGUGUGUUUAUGAAGGAGAAA